GAAGCAGCCGUUGAAGUGCCACGUCCCGACACCUCUUGUGCCGUGUUCCAGUGCCUUUUUACAUUUCUCAAACAGUGCGAUCGUGUUCGCGGAUUAUGUGUCGCGACGACGUAUCGAGCUGUGCGUUGAAAAUUUGUGACUGACGCAUUUUGGAUGUACCAACUCGAAUCCUGUGGCUCAAGGACACCACACACACGAGAUGCUGAAGUGGACGGUUUCGAGAUCGUUGUCGGCGAGCAGCUCGACGCCUCACGGUCCGCCUAGCCUGAACAAGGCGACACGCAGGCCUUUUCGAGACUUGUCCAACACGCCUCCCGCUGCUACUACCAAAACUCGUAACAUACCUGCUCAAACUGCCGAAAACACGUUGGCCAGGACCACGCCGGUUCGUCGUAGAAGAUGCAGGAGCCACGGCAGCGACCUACGGACAUAUUUUCAAGCUACGAAGCCUAAUCUGCGGGCAAACAAACGUCAGUCGAUGUCACAGCAAGCGGACAAGUCAUCUGUCACGGAGAGCUUUUAUCAAAGCACCCCGAGAGUCGACACCGAUAUCGGUCCGUUAACGUUUCUACCAGCCGGCAGCAAAUGUUCCACCGGUCUCACUCUACCAACCGAUCCCACGCUAUUUAUGAAGAGCAAAGUAAAGAAGUUUCAGAGCGACAACGAGCUACCGCAGAAUAUCGUGAACGAGGCCAGGGCGAACCUUCAGUCGCACGUGUCAGACUUUUUCCAACAAAUUUCUAUGGCUACCAGUCCGGAAGACGUGAUGGAAGCCGAGACUGUUCCUCUCUCGAAGAACAGACUGUACUCUCAAAACGUGGAGCUAAAGUCAAAAUUCCCGGAUUGCACGAGAAUCUCGUAUCUGCCGAAACUGGCGAGAAUCAGCAAGAUUCACGCACGUUGCAAAACGCCUUAUCACGGGAAGAACGCUGCUACAGCCGCGAGUUCUAUGAAAACAAACGGUCACGACCAGACGCCUUUGGCUGGGAAACUGUCGAAUCUGGCCAUAGACCAAGAUCUACCCAAGUUUGAGAACAUGGACAACACAGUGACGGAAGUCCUCAACAGGGAACAGGAGGUGAAUUUCAGCGGGAAGACGGUGGCGGAAAUUCUUCUGGGAGACGUGGAGGAACGAAAAAAGGUGCUAGAGGAUAGCCGCGAGGAUGAGCAAAACGUUUCGCAAGUGGAUCACACGUACGAGACGAUCAUGGAACGGGAAGAGGAAGACGAGGAAACGGCGUGUCACAACGAUAGUUCCAUCUCUUCGGCUAGUCAACUCUUGGAGGAUCCUUCGCCCAUGUCCUGGGCGUUCUCCUCCCCUACCAACGAGCUGGACGGGGAAUUUACCUUGAAAAGGCAACGAGGAAUACGAAGGAAACGACAUCGGAAGGACACGGGGAAGAUUUACGAGGGGAAACGGGCAAAGAGGCGUUCGUCGAGCCAUAGUCCGUCGACUAGCGCGACAAUCGAGAAACCGCAGGACGCUUUGGUCGAGGCUGUGAAUCCAAAUGUGAAGAAACUCGCCUUGGAGACGGACUUGGACACCACUUUGGACGAGAAGUGCGUGUUCGCGCCGAAAGUGUUGUUCUCGGGUCAGGAGGAUCGUAAAGAGGAGGAGGUUGGAAAGAAAAACGGUACCUGGGAGCUGGACAGUCCAAAAUCCAGCCUCACCGACGACUUUCAGAGCUCCAAGUCGUUCUUAAACUCGAUGUCGAACACACCGGAAACACCGCUUGUCGCCACUGUACGUAGAUGUCUUAAAUUCAGCCCGGAAAGCGAACUCCCGAAACCGAACUGCCACGGAUCGAUCGAGAUCGAGUACUCCGUGGUUGGUGAACAAAUACACGUUCGAGUGAUAAGGUGCAAGGAUCUUAGGAGAGCGUACGAGGGCCCUAUUCACGCGUAUGUGAAAGCGAGCCUGAAGAACGGGAGCGGCGAGGGAGUGGUGAAGAGGACGGCGGUGCACAGGGCCACGCCGAAUCCCGUCUUCCACGAGACCUUGAUACUGCCCUGCCCGGUGAACAACAACCACUGCAGCGGCAAGCCCACGUCCCUGGACAUCGCUGUCUGGCACAGGGAUCGUCGCGCAAGACGUAGCGAACUGUUAGGCUGCAUGACUCUACCUCUACCUCUGUCUCAGGAUAAGGAAGCGACAUGGCAUCCUCUCGAAGCAGGAACCGGUCGAAAUGCGAGCACUCCUUAUGCAGGCUUGCCUCAAGACUGCGGAGUCUCGCCACCCUUGUCCAAGGACGGAGAGCCAGAUAAUAAUAAUUCAGGAGCGGAGGACUUGACGUAUCUGAGGCAUCUCGAAUUGGAACCAAUCGAUCCUUUGACCGGUUUGCCCCUGCACCCUGGUUUUACAGCCAGGGGUGGUAGGACACCGUGCACCGUCACCAGGAGAUUGAUAAGACAGUCUGCAGCCAAUCAGGUUCCAUGGGGUUUCUCGUUGUCCUGGGGGAGACCACCCCGCGUGGAACGCGUGGACCCUGCCAGUCCGGCGGAACGAUCCGGUCUCAGACCAGGUGAUCACGUUGUCUUCGUCGACACGACGAACGUCGUGACCCGAUCGCGGGAAGAGAUCCUCGGAUUGAUCCAAGCUGCCACCAAUCAACUGAUCCUGGAGGUUUAUCGCAAGGGGAACGUUCAUUCGUCGAUGCAUCGACCUAGCUCGAUGAACGUUAGCCUUCACCAACCGAUCGGCACCGGACAGCACGCGGUCGCGUUUAACGCCGAGGUGUUUCCAAACCUCGCACCGGAUGCACCGCCGGAAGAGGAACUGUCGGUACGCGAGACGCGAUACUGGGGCAUCCUGAAGAGCGGUCACACGCGUUUCAUGGCACCGAUGCUCGAGAGACGGGACGUUCUAUCCGCCGCGGAUUACUUGAUACUCUUUCAAAAUCUCGACGAGCUGCUGAAACUUUCCGAAGAGAUUCGCGACGAGGGCGGAGGGGUAGAGAGCUACCUGUGCCGUGUACCGAGGAUCACCGCCGCAUACAGGAGAUACCUAAGCGGAUUACAACGCGCCUGCUGUCUGUUGGUGGCUUUGAGACGAAAUACCGCAUUCGCGAAGCUGGUCUGCGAACCAGCCGUUCCUCAUAAGAGACGUCCCGAUCUGACGGGCGUCUUGCUUUUGCCUCUAGAACACUACAGAGAGAUGACGAGACUGUUAGGUCUGGCGUCGCCAAGGAACUGCCAGCAAGCCAGAGACCUGGCUCAGGGUUACAGAGAAGCAACGGCUAACGCCGGCGUUAUGGAACCACCUCGCGACACCGGAAGGCCUUUGCUCAGCUUGCAAGAAGUCGAAUCGCGACUCGUUUUCGCGAGAUGCAAACCGUUCACUCUGGCUAUGCCCGGAAGACAAUGGCUGUUCGGAGGUGCACUGGCAAAAGUGGAGGGACGAGCGCGUCUACAACCAUCCUGGGCCUUGUUGCUCACCGACCUCCUGGUGUUUGCUCGCGUUUCGAGAGAUCGCGUUCUGUUCGUGACCGAGGAGCCACUGCGUUUAUCGAACAUCGCCGAGGCUUGCUUUACCGUCCGUAAAAGACCGACAGAAUUUCGAUUACAGGUCGCGAUUAAUCCGCCUGGGAACGCGGAAAACGGUCAUCUCGAGGUGACCAACAGCGGUGGUUGUAGCCCCCACAGUCGUCAUCGAAGACGAGUUCUGGUCUUGCGAGCUCCUACUCCGGAAUUGAAAGCUGUUUGGCACAACCUUCUUCAACGGCAGAUAAUCUAUGUGAAUACAGGCUAUGGUGGAACCCCGAGUCAAGACAGUCCUGAAGAAAGUCCGAUUACCGGUGGCAAUUUUACCGCGGUUAGAGAACCUACGGAAAGUUCUCAGACCACCAGGGAAUCACAGAAACCGGACGAGGAGAAGGAAUCUCGCUCGACGGACAGUAUCGACACGAUCAUCAAGAAUUCAAGGGAGAAUAAUCAUUUGGCUCAAUGGGUGCGCAACUCCCAUCAAAUCCCGCCACCGGAUUCCGAGGAGAAUCCCAUCGAGGAAUGGACGGCCGAAGAAUUGGCGGCGCGAGCUCCGAGAGAAGGUUGCAACGAGUCGAACACGGAGGAAAACACGGCCGCGGAAGAAGCCGUUGCGGAAGUUGUCAAUUCCGACGUGGAGCAACAAAGCACCGCUUCCAGCGCGAGCCUCAGUACCGUCAAGUCCAACAGUGUGACGACGAAAAAGAACGGUAGCUUCGCCUCUUCCAGGGAAAAUUCAACCGGUUCGAUCAACAUUUGUAGAAGAUGCCACAGAUCAGGUUGCCCUACACCACCUUUAACCAGAGAUCCGUUCUCUCCGUUGCCUCCAAAGAUUUCGGUCGUACCACCCACGCCCGAUUUGUGCACCAGGCACAGGCUGAGAAACGGGCUGCACGACAGCCCCGGAAGAAACAGUCCAGGCUACACGCCAGCUGACGGGAACACAGAGGAUGGCAGCGAGGACGACCUCGAGUGUGACGGUGAACCGCCUUAUAGAGCUCUCAGAAGGUUCGGCACUAUGAGCAGCCUGGACCAGGACGACGAGCUCGAGGAACAAGGAGACGAUGACAAUCGAGAAACCGAGUCUCCGCCUACGGGUUUGAGAGCUUGGACGGCUAGAGCGAGUAGCUACGUGGUCAGUAAAAUGGCUCUGCUCGAACAGCUCGGUGAAGGAGUAGGGGGAUAUCUUCUUCAACCACCUGUGCCUCCGGAGAGGACAGAAUUUUCCUUGGACCCGAACGACGAAGAGGGUACGACGUCUGGAGCUACUUCGGGGGACGAUAUCUGGGGAACUCCGACUUCCGGUGGUCCUGACGACGAAAGCUUCACAGCUAGUUCGCCGCCGCCAAACGGUGCAGGCAACGCGGUCGCAUCCGGCGAGGACAACUACGGCCUGAACCUGUCGACAGAGGAUGACCCGGAUCAAGAGUCCGAGAACGAGGACUGUAAUCUACCGGAAUUGAACAUGGAUCAGCUGCUCGGUGGCGGAAGUUUAGGCUCGUUGAGGUGUUUCCUCGGCAGAAGAAGAUUGGAACCGCUGCCAGAGGAGGAGGAUUCGUCUGGAAGCGGAAAGGAUCAAGUUGGAUGGUGGUGACAGCGGUUGCAAACCACGGCGUCGAAGAACGUCGGCUCGAGCUCCGAUGCGAACGACAGGGAUCGCGUAUUUGCCAAGCUGAAUCAGGAGGACGAAGAGUUUCGCAGGAAGAUAGUGAACCUUCACAGAAAACUGUCCGACGUGGAGGAUGGUUACGCGACAGAGACAACCUCUUCGGACACCUUGAAGAGUUCCAAAGAGGCUGAUCGUUUGAAGGAACUGGAAUCGUUGGUGAGAAGAGCGGAGGAGACUAGCAGUAAAAACGCCGAACGAAUCGGGGCCGAGAGAGCGAGGAGCGAAGAGUACUCGUGCACGGAAAGCAUGGCAGACUCGAGAAAUCAUCAGUACAAAAGAGUCGAUGGUCAACAGGAAAGAAGAAAACGGAUCGAGUUGUUUCAGCGAAAAGCGAAGAAACUGGAAGAAGAUUCGGAAGAUCAGAACGAUGGUAGCCCGUCCAAGACAACGGAGAAGAAUUUUUUGAAUCGAUUAAGAAUAAAAAGACGCAGCAUGAAGCUGCUUAGUUUCUUAAGCGGUAAAGCCGCGGACAGAUCCCAGGAGGAACGCGCCGCUAGACUUUUGAGAAUGUACAUGCCCGAAAAGGGUUCCAAAGCACAAAACACCAUUUCUAUACAUCACACGUCCCGGGACAGACGAUUUUGGAAACUUCGGAGUAGAAGGCGAACAAAUUCUUCGUAAACGCGCAACGUUUCUUAUCUAGACUUUCCAGUAUUCGCGUUACUCGAGUCUUUUUUCAUAGAAUCUAGCGUAACUUCAAACUAGACUAUUUCUUCGUACCGUAUACGGUUUCAAAGUAAACGCAGUACUUUCCUCGGGUACGGUUAGCCGAUUAAACAAGUUCCAGAACGCAAGAAUCGAGUGUUAAUAUCGUAGCGUGCUUGUCGGUUAUUAAUGAAAUCAGUCCAGUUUCCAAAGGAUACGAAACACGGCCUAGUGUGAAACGUCUCUGAGAUAUAGGUUUAAGAUGUUUCGUUUGCCGCGUAAGACUGUUCGUCGAUCUAGUCUCGCUCAUUUAAAUUUAGACAGUUUCUUUCGUUUCUCUCGGACACCGUAUUUAAGUAGGUCCGCACGACUGACCCAAAGCGGCACUCAUCUUCCACGAUGAUAGAUCUUGCUCCAAAAUACAAAACGAAAAAUUGUAAAAAAAACCACUGGAAUUUUAACAUUACUGUUGGUAGGUUGCAACAUAGCCGUAUGGCUGUAAUCGACAUACAAAUAAAGUAUAUUAUUUGUUCA